ACUAAUGUAAUAUAAUAUGAAUAUGAUUCCUUCACGUCAUACCGUUGCCAUUUAGCCGAAUACGUAGUAGCGCGAGAGAGAUAGUCGUAGUGUUUAGCUCUUUUCUCUGUAUUAUGGUCUGACAUCUACACUUGUGCCAUGGUAUCACAAUCUUUUUCCAAAGUUGAAACGCUAAUGCAAAAUAGGGCCGAGUGUUUUCAAAUCUGAAAUGUCAAGUAUCAAGCUAGGGACAACAAGAGUGUUUUGUGUUAGGUAAUAAUUCGGACGUUACAGUUUAGUUGUUUACUAGAGGAUGGCAGAAGAAAACACUAAUGACGAAACGUCUGUUACAACAAACGGCACCAGGCGACCUAGAACCAGCGAAGACUUUUACAUGUUUUGCACCUAUGUUUUACAAUAUGAAAAUUAUGAUACGGACAAAAAAGAGGAGGUUAGAAACGCAGUGAACCAAAGCCCCCCGUUGGAUAGUUCCGGGAGCAGUGUAAACUCAGAGUCGACAAAUUCAGACGCCCAACAAGAUGAUAAACCCAGCGGCGACGACACCGACGAUGGGGAUUCCUACGAUCUGAUUACGUGCUUUUGUGGCAAACCAUUUGCUGGAAGACCAAUGAUCGAAUGUUCCAAUUGCCUAACUUGGAUACAUCUAACCUGUGCAAAAAUUAAGAAGUCAAACAUACCUGAUGUGUUCCAUUGUGCCAGGUGCAAACCCAAUAAAAAGCAAAGAUCAGCGUCACCGACAAACCCGCCAGAUAAAACCGUAAAGCGCCCGAAAAGAACAACGUAAGUAAGUUGUACAUAGAGUCUAUCGCAUAGUAGAUAUGUAUAAUAAUGUAAAUACUCUCAUUAAUCAAGAGGUACCCUUUGUAAAUUGUUUAAAUCGCGCCCGAUCCGUCAAUCGGUCGUUGUUUUUUUUUUGUUCGUGAGAAUAAUAAUGAUAAUAAAAUUAAAACAAGAAAAAAAAAUAGAAUUGUUAUAUUUCUAUAUGGAUCCUAGGAAUUUUGAAAUUUCGUCUCUGACUCGUUGGCUGUUAGCUAGUGGAACAAUGUGAUAGCUACUACCGGCACUCUGAUUUUAUUUUCUAUAAUUUCUUUUCUAAUGAUAGUGUAUUAGUGUUUAUUGCCGCUAUGUUGUUAAGUUCGCUUUUUAAACCGUGGAACGACAAAUCAAUUUUUAUACAUUUAAAGAAAAAAAACUAGUUAACAUUUUAAAAUUUCUAGGUGUUUUUUUAUUUCUUUACUAUAUCUGUUUAAUUUAUUUUAUUUUUUCCAUUUAUCAUGGUUUAGUUUGUAAACAAAAAACGAAACGGUACGAUAAUCAAAUUCUUUCUUAUAAUUGUAUUGGAUUUUUAUAUAUAUAUAUAUAUAUACAUAUAUAUAUUGUGGAUGAAAAUGAAAAAUACAAAUGCAACAAUGUCUAAGAGA